AUGGGGGCGUGGCCCGGACAGCCGUGCUUUGGCGCUCAAUUAAAACGGAACCAAAGUCAAAAGUCAGCGAGAGACAUGGGAAGCCCACGGAGUCCUAGCUGCGAUGGAUUAACACAUCUCCCGGGGCAACAUCUGCGGCGACAACCCUCAUGGCAAGGUCUUUUGCUCGCAGGCCAGCGCCUGUCAUAUAAAUCAAGCAUAAUCAACGCGAAAUGCGACUUGGCUCUCCACACUAUAGAUGGACUCCGAUGCGAGAUGCCCAGAUAA